AUGCUUCGAAGAGCACUACCCAAAUUUCUUCAAUUCGUAGCAGCUAAUCCUGAUCUGUACAUCGAGGCACCUAAGGGCAACCUCGUCGUCUCGUUCUCCCGCACACUUGGUGCACCUCACCACGAGCUUAGGCGUUUUGUUACGUAUGACACGGUUGCAGCGUUCUUGCUCGGAGUCCCACCCUUGGCAGAGUACGGUUACAAUGACAGACGCGACUCUGAGAUCACUGGAUUUGAUUGGGUCCAUGGAAUUCCAGCUGAAUUCAUUGAGAUUAUAGCGCAGAUUAACUCCCGUAGAGCUGAAUCACCAGCUACCGUAGAUGAUCCGGAGACACUGGAGCGGCGUAUAUGGGCCUGGCAAUCGCAUGGUACCGUCCCGGACAAGAGCACCGAUAGCAAGGAAACCAACAUGACAAGGGCUCAAGUACAAGAAGGCUGGAGACAUGCAUUACUAAUUUACGUAUAUAUGGGUAUAUGCGGAGUUUCGUCGGAGGACCCACGUGUACAGGCAGCCGUGCGUCAUAUAUUCAGCCUUGCAGAAGUGAUCGGCAACUCGCGCGUCGGUAUACACAUGCUACCCCACUGUGUCAUCGCUGGUUUGGCGGCGCGACUGGAGAAGCAUAGGGUCGCUGUGUACGAGAAGCUGCGAUCGUUGGGCAACACGCGAGUGUGGCUGUUUGCUGGGACGCAGUUUGGUGAAGUGCUUUAUGAGCUAUGGCAUGGUGCAGGAAUAGGAGGUGCACCUGUUAUGUGGGAUGACUAUGUGAAGUGUAGACGUAGAGUGAUUCCGAUGUGA